AUGAGGAUCCCAUACGCCCCUACCGAGCCCGCCGACCCAACACCAGAAAACACCGAGAUAUAUGAGCGUAUCAGACAACGCCGCGACCCUCGACCACUGAUCCCAUUGGACUUGGCUCUUCUACAUAACCCCAACAUCGCGGAUGGCUUCAAUACGCUCCUCGGCUCCAUCCGGACGAAAUCCUCCCUCCACCAGGCCCCGAUGGAGAUUGCGGUGUGCUACGUUGCGGUGCUGAACGGGGCAGUCUACGAAUGGACCGCUCAUGCCCCUCUCGCGCUCAAGGCUGGUGUGAAGCGGGACGCGCUGGAGGCGGUGUUGAAGGGGGAUGUGCAGAACUCUUCUGUGCUUAGCGAGGAGGAGAUCGAUGUCCUGGAGUUUACACGGCAGAGUACCAAGGAGAUUAAAGUCGGCGAUGAGCUGAUGGCUAAGCUGAAGUCGAGGUAUACGGACCAGCAGGUCAUGGAGCUCACGAUUACUGUUGGGGCGUAUAACAUGGUUUCGAGGUUCUUGGUGGCGUUGGACGUUACGGAGAGCAAUGCAAAGGGGAUGAGGAUGCCUGAGUGA